GCCAAGGGCUUGUCCCAGAAGGAUUUCGCGAGCAAGAUGAUGGUUCCCCCCAAGACUGUGCAGGACUACGAGAGCGGGAAGGCGAUCCCCAACAACCAACUUAUCGCUAAGAUGGAGAAAGUCCUUGGAUGCAAACUGCCACGUGCCUCCAAGUAG